UCUGAGGGACAUUUAUAUGUGCUUCUUCUUGCUUGCUCAAUUGUAUAAUUUAAUAUUUGAACAUGCAAAUUUGAAAAAUAUGUUGCCGGACAUUUGUGCAUGCUUAUCUGAUUUGACAAUUGCAAAUUAAUUCUUUAAAGCUUGGGGAUAUAGUUCUCUAAUGUAGCAUGCUUACUAUUCAUACUAGUUUUAAUUCUGCCAUUUUAAUUUUCUGAUUGGUUAUAUUGUGGUUUGUGGAGAAGCUAAGCAUCUUCUUGACAAGGUAUCAACAUUUUAUCUACCUGAUAAUAACAACAAAAGCCUUUUCCUUGUUCCUACUUAGUGCAUGUUUGGGGAAACAUAAAAUCCCAAAUUUGAGCUGUUUUUGUGGGAAAAAGCUAUUUGCAAAAAAAAAAAAAAGCUGUAUGUUUGGGACAAUAGCUUAAAUUUAUAAACUUUUUUUUUUCUGAAAAAAUAAGAUGUUUUUAUAAAGCUGAAAAUUUGAAGCUUAUGAUUAUUUCUCAGCAGUUUUUAUUUUUUUUCCAUUUAUGCUAAUUUACUAUAUAAAAAUUGAUUUUUUUUUGUUAUAAUUGAUUGGUGAAAUAAUUUAAUUUUACCCAAACAAAGUUACCCUAACAAACCCUAAACAUCUUAAAAUAGCUUAUCAGCAAAUUUACCCAGACAAAGUUUUAUUUUGAUUAUAAUUGAUUAUAACAAUAAUCGAUGCCUCAUAUAAUUGAUUAUUGAAAUAAUUUAAUUUUCACAGCUUUCCCAAACACACCCUUGGUGGGGACUUUAUAGUUUACCUAUUAUGCAUUAAAAAGUUCUUUUAAUUGGUGUACAGUGUACCUAUAUGCGGUAAAUUGCUUUUCAACUAGUUUCUAACAUCUAAAUUUUGUUGAAUAAGAUUAAAUAUAGUUAUUUACUUGUGUAAUUGGCCAAAUUCUGAUCCUUCCCUGAAGUUUGGAUCUGUUGGAGUGAACAUCAUUCAUGUAGUCUGAGUCUGAGAUUUAGAGUUGAUUUCCCUUCCCACACCCAUCUCAGGAGAGAUUUAGCUCUGCAUUUGAAGACUUUGAUGGGACCAUGGUGGUUUUCUCAAUUUGAUCCAGUUUCUGAAGUUUCUCAGGCAGCAAAAAGGCAGCCUUUCCAGCUCAGGAAAAGAGACUUGAUGCUUUGAUUUUAUGCACAACAGAGAUAUUUAUGUAUUUAGAAGAAAACCUAAAACUCACACCUCAAAAUUUGUCUGACAAAGCUGCAGCCACAGAUGAGUUGGAAGAGAUAUACCAGCAGGUGAUAUCAUCAACAUUGUUAGCAUUGGCCACACUUCUUGAUGUUUUAAUUUGUGUACAGCAAGAACGACCUGGUUUUGAGAACAUAACUACUGAACCUAAACAUGCUUCGAAAGCAAGGGUGGCUGCUGUUGCUUUUGCUGAAAAGCUGUUCAAAGAUCAUAAAUACUUUCUAGACUUCUUGAGGUCACAAAGGCCUACUAUUCGAUCAGCUACUUAUAGUGUAUUGAAGAGCUUAAUAAAAAAUAUACCACAGGCUAUUAAUGAUGCAAAUAUAAAAACUGUUUCUGGUGCAAUUCUUGGUGCUUUCAAUGAGAAGGAUCCAACUUGUCAUCCCUCAAUGUGGGAUGUAAUAUUACUUUUCUCUAGAAAAUUCCCAGAUGGUUGGUCUUCCAUAAAUAUUCAGAAAAGCAUACUGAAUCCAUUUUGGAUUUUUCUUAGGAAUGGUUGCUUUGGUUCCCAGCAGGUUUCAUAUCCAGCUUUGGUUUUAUUCUUGGACAGUGUGCCACCUAAAUCUGUUGGAGGGGAUAGGUUUUUUCUUGAAUUUUUCAAAAACUUGUGGGUGGGAAGGAGAAUUUCUCUAUCUGCAGAUAGACUAACAUUUUUCCAGGCUCUGAAAGAAUGUUUUCUUUGGUCAUUGAAAAAUGCUUCAAGAUAUAAUGAUGGAGGAGACUCAAUCAGUCAUUUCCAAGUUGUUCUUGUUGAUAAUGUUCUUGUAAAGAUUUUAUGGAAGGAUUUCCUUACAGCUGGAAGCUUGAAAGCUAAUGACAUAAUAAAAUCAGGAAAAGCAACAGAUUCAUCAGAGGAAACUAUUUCUCAUAACAAGAAGAUGGAUUUGCUAAAUACGAAGUAUCCAAUGCCUUAUUUGCAAGAAUUGGGGAAGUGCUUUGUUGAAAUCCUUUUAGGUAUUUAUAUAUUGGAUAGCAAUGUUCUAUCUGUUUUCAUUGAGGAACUUGAGGACAAUUGCAUGGGUGCCCUUCAGCAAGAAGGUAAUGUGGACGUUGUUGAACGAAUCAUUUUGUUCAUGUUAUUGCUGGAGAAACAUGCUGUGCUGAAAGAUGCAAUUUGGCCGUUGGGCUAUAUUGUGGGACCAAUGUUGGCGAAGUCUUUUUCAAUCAUUAGAUCUUCUGAUUCACCAGAUACUGUGAGACUUCUGUCAGUUGCUGUUUCAAUAUUUGGACCACGGAUGAUUGUUGAAGAAGUCUUUAUUAAAGGCAAAAGUCACGUUUCUAGUCAUCUUUCAUAUGAUGGGGAUAAAGUAGGGGAAACUGAAGACUUUAUGCAAAUAUUCAAGAAUAUAUUUGUUCCUUGGUGUCUGCAGUCAAAUAGUUGCUCAACCAGUGCUAGGCUAGAGUUGUUGUUGGCACUGCUGGAUGAUGAGUAUUUCUCAGAACAAUGGUCUUUCAUUGUCAACUAUGUGAUUGGCCAACAUUAUUCAGAGUUCCAACCAGGGUUGCUGGAUGCUGACCAUGCAGCAACAUUGGCCAUGCUCCUUGAAAAAGCAAGGGGUGAGAGUAUGAAAAGGAAGGUGAAAGAUGGUUCCAGUCAUAGACAAGGCUGUAACGCUGAAGAUUGGCAUCAUGAAUAUUUUGAAUCAUGUGCUAUUGCUGUUUCUCGAUCUCUGCCUCCUUUUAGCACUUCUCAUGUGCAGUUUAUGUGCUCUCUUCUUGGUGGUUUAACAGAAGGAAGAUCAUCUUUUCUGUCCAGAAAUGCAUUGAUUCUCAUCUAUGAGGAGAUUUUCAGGAAGUUACUCAGUUUUGUUCAGGUUUCACCUUUCUUUUGGGUACAGAAUUCAGCUUCUAUGUUAAGAAAUGAUUCAAAGAUCUGUGUAGAACUUGAUAAUUCUGUCAACAUUGUUGAGAUAGCUCAAUUUGCUCUUGAGAUACUUGAUGGUAGUUUCUUUAGCUUGAAGACUCUUGAUGGGGAAAGUGGACUUGUAUCAGGAAUUUUAUCUACAAUUUUUCUCAUCGAAUGGGAGUGUAGUUUAAGUAAAGCUGUGGAUGAUUCACUUGAUGACAAUUCAAUGGCAAAAACUAAGGCCAGGCUAACAUUUGGUGAAAAUGUGUGUGCUUUCUGUAACAAGUUAAAUGAUCAAUUUUUGAGAAGUCUUUGCUCAGAUAGCCGCAAGAGAUUGUCAAAUAUCUUAAUUCAGUCAAUAAGAUCUGCAAUAUUUGCUGAAGACAGACUUAUUAAUGACAAAAUUGCAUCAUUAUGCUGUACAUGGGUGCUUGAAGUUCUUGAGCGUAUCUGUGGGGAUGAAAAUGAUGAACAAAAUCUGCUACAUCAUCUCCUGAGUAAGGAUGAAUUGUGGCCUGUGUUUGUAGUUCCAAAUUUUAGCUGGACAAAGGCUUCAGGAAGCCAGAAUUUUGUAGCUUUAAUUGACAAGUUAAUCUCAAAAAUUGGGAUUGAUAGAGUUAUUGCUGGGUGUGAAAUGCCUAAUCCAUCUUUGCUUGAAAAAAGUCAAGAGGUUGCAUCUUCUGCUUGGUUAGCUGCUGAAAUCCUGUGCACGUGGAGAUGGCCAGGAAGCAGUGCUAUGUCUUCUUUCUUACCUUUAUUGAGUGCUUAUGCCAAGGAAAGUAAUUCUAUCCAGGAAAGCCUGUUAGAUGAAACAUUAAGCAUCUUGCUUGAUGGUUCCCUUGUUUAUGGAGGCAAUGGCACAAAAAGUUCAGUCAGUAUGUGGCCAGUUCCAGCUGAUGAAGUGGAAGGUGUUGAAGAACCAUUCUUAAGAGCACUUCUUUCCUUUCUGUCUGCUUUGUUCGAAGAGAAAAUAUGGGGGCCAGAGAAGUCAUUGAAUCUGAUAGAACUUCUUGUGAAUAAACUAUUUCUUGGUGAAGCAGUAAAUACUAAUUGUCUUAAGAUUCUACCUAUGCUUAUAAAUAUACUUUUUGAACCAUUAUAUGGGUAUGCGGAGCCUGGUAUGGGUGUUCAACAUUGUUCUUUAGCAGAGGAAUUCGUGAAAAACACUAUGAUAGAUUGGCUGGAGAGGGCCCUAAGUCUUCCACCUUUGGUCACAUGGAAAACAGGAGAAGACAUGGAAGAUUGGCUUCAGUUGGUGAUUGCCUGUUAUCCUUUCAGCACAAUAGGUGGUCCUCAAGCAUUAAAACCAGCGAGAAGCAUCAGUUCUGAUGAAAGGAAACUUCUCUAUAAAUUAUUCCAGAAGCAAAGGCAUGUUUCUGGUGGAUCUGCUAUGUUCAUCCAGCUUACAGUGGUACAGAUACUGCUAUCGAAACUUAUGAUUGUUUCAGUAGGUUAUUGCUGGAGUGAAUUCAGUGAAGAAGAUUGGGACUUUCUGUUGUCUAACCUAAGGUGUUGGAUUCAAUCAGCAAUUGUUAUGAUGGAGGAUGUAGCUGAAAAUAUAAAUGGUCUUGUUGAUAGUUCAUCUGAUAAUUUAAAUGUGAUGUGUCAGAAAAUUGAGAAAAUUAUUUUGAUUUCAGAUCCUAUUCCCAUAAAGAUUUCAGAAAAUGCCCUUUUGUCUUUCUUACUUCUCCUUAAGCAUUGUAAACACCAACAAGCUGAAGAAAGAGAUUAUUUAAGUACAUUUAAAUCAGAAAAGUUGGAUUCUGUUAAAGAUCGGAUUCUUGAGGGUGUCCUUCGCCUACUGUUUUGUACUGGCAUUUCUGAGGCGAUCUUAAAUGCAUGCUACAAAGAAGCUGCAUCAGUUAUUGCUUUGUCACGGUUUAAAUAUACCCACUUCUGGAAUUUGGUAGCCUUUGGGGUUGUUAAUUCUUCAUCACAAGCUAGAGAUAAAGCAGUGAAAUCAGUUGAAUUUUGGGGACUAAGGAAAGGGUCUAUUAGCUCUUUGUAUGCUAUACUUUUUACUUCCAAGCCAAUUCCUUUAUUGCAGCUUGCUGCAUAUUUUGUUCUUUCAAAUGAACCUGUUUUAAGAAUUGCUGUCCUUGAAGAUAAUGCUUGUAACUCAAACAUACAUGCUGCUAAUGAUGAGGAUAUCAGCCGUCUUGACAUGUCAAUAGAAGAAAAGGUCCAUUUGAAAGAGGAAUUAUCUUUCAUGGUAGAAAGGGCACCUUUGGAGGUUCUUGAAACAGACUUACUUGCACACCAACGAGUAAAUCUCUUCCUUGCUUGGUCUUUGUUGAUAUCACAUCUACUUUCAUUACCUUCAUCAUCAUCUCAGAGGGAGAGACUGAUCCAGUACAUACAAGACUCUGCUACUCCAGCUAUUUUGGAUUGCCUUUUUCAGCAUAUUCCUGUAGAGAUUUUCAUGGUUCCGAGUCUGAAGAAGAAAGAUGCAGAGCUUUCUGGUGUCUUAUCAGAAGCUUCAAGUGCUGCAACCUGUGCCACCACAACCGGAUCACUCUUGUUUUCUGUGGAAUCUCUAUGGCCCAUUAAAUUGGAGAAAAUUUCAUCACUUGCUGGAGCAAUAUAUGGUUUGAUGCUCCAGGUUCUUCCGGCCUAUGUACGUGGCUGGUUUAGUGACUUGCGUGAUCGAAACACUUCUGCUGUCAUUGAAUCCUUUACAAAGACUUGUUGUAGCCCUCCUCUCAUUGCAAAUGAAUUGUCUCAGAUUAAGAAAGCCAACUUUCGUGAUGAGAAUUUCUCAGUUAGUGUAAGCAAAUCAGCAAAUGAGAUUGUUGCUACUUACACUAAGGAUGAAACAGGAAUGGAUCUAGUCAUUCGUCUCCCUGCAUCUUAUCCACUAAGGCCUGUAGAUGUUGAUUGUACAAGGAGCCUUGGGAUAAGUGAGACCAAGCAAAGGAAAUGGUUGAUGUCGAUGAUGCUAUUUGUUCGUAAUCAGAAUGGAGCUUUAGCAGAAGCUAUAGGAAUUUGGAAGCGCAAUUUUGAUAAAGAAUUUGAAGGUGUUGAGGAGUGCCCAAUCUGUUACAGUGUAAUCCACACCACAAACCACAGUCUACCUCGCCUUGCUUGCAAGACAUGCAAACACAAAUUCCAUUCUGCUUGCCUUUAUAAAUGGUUUUCAACUUCUCACAAAUCAUCUUGCCCAUUGUGUCAAUCUCCGUUCUAAGGUUACACCUGGAGUGACGACUUUUACCAAUUUUGCACUGAAAGUAGUGGAUGAAGAGAAUGUCUCGGCAUACGAGAAUCAACACUGGUUUCCAGCAUUGAGAAUCAACCCUUGAUUAAGGCAGGGAUGACUUGCAAACUACAACUGGUUAAGGAAACAAACAUGAUUCUAGAUUCUUUUCUCCGCCAAGUUCAUUUUAAGCAGACAGCGUUGAACUCCUUGAAAUUAAAAAGGAAGAUGGACACAGCGGUUCUGCGGCAACGAUCCAACAGGGUAUAUCAUAUUUUUUAUCGAGAGAAGUGUAUCCGAUUCCUUUGUCGUGUAAAAUUUAUCCUCUCUGGUUAGAUUUCUUUGCCCAUGCCCCAUGGUUGUAAUAAUUAAUGUUUUGCAGUGUUUUUGUUCUGUUUAGAGGUUAGUUCUGAUUAAAGCAGGUUGUCUGAAUCAUAGUAGCUUGUACAUCUAGUUUAUUUAUAUUGUCCAUGGAAUCACUAAUGAGUAGUGAAGCAAAAUUUGCCCGAAUAUGAGUAAUUGUGCAUCCAGGGACUAUUUUUAUUAACCACGAGAACAUUGAAGAGUGACUGAGCGAGUUCUCUUCACCAGAUGCGUAGUAUGCAUUGUCCACACGUUGGAUUUUUUGUCAGCAAAAUUUAAUACAAUGAUUCAGCAAUGCUUAUUGACCAUUGGUUUGCA